UUCAGGGUGCCAUCAGCGCGGCUGCAAAGCUGUUCCCCAGGCCCAGCUCCCAAAGGAUCUUCCAGCAGCACUCCUGAUGUCUCGAGAGCAAGGUGCUGUUUGUUCUGGGCAGAGAGAUGCCGCCUGUAAGCAGGAGAAGAGUGAAUUCUGCUCCAUUCCUGGAGCGGCAAACGGGCCCCGGCAUCUCCAGGAGGGACCAGCAGCUGCGCUUCCACACUUGCCUGGGGCCCAAGAAGCCUCUUGCCGUAAGCAGGGGGAUGCCACUUGUGAACGUGCCUUGAGUGCAGAUGUGAAGAAUGGAUUCUGCACCAGGGAUGGGAGUGUGAGGGAGCCCCUGACUCCCCAGGGCACAGCAGCAAACGGCAAUGAACGCAAAAGGAACCUCAGAAGACUCCUGGGUGAAUGGUUCAGGUGCCAUCCCGUGGGCACGGCGGUGCUGAUUCUGCUGCUCCUGGUGCUGGUGCUGGCUUUGGGGGCGGCCUUGGCUGUGCCGGCAGGUAAGGGAGGGGCAGCAGCGUGGGCCCAGCCCCUCGGGGCAGAGCGGGCUCCCUGCUCCCUGCACAGGGGAAUCCUCAGAGCUUCUCCUCUUCCCCCUGCAGCACCACAGCUUCCAGUCACCCCUGCGACUCCGCUGUUGGUUCUGGGCUGUCCCCAUGGCUGGGUGGGCUACAAUGGGGUCUGCUACUACUUCUCACGGGAUUUCAGCACGUGGGAGCAGGGUCAGGAACGGUGCUCCGAGCUCAAUGCCUCCCUGGCCAUUGCCCAGGAUGAGGAGGCCAUGGAUUUGCUCUCCCGCCUCUGUGGGAAUUUCGGCUACUGGCUCGGGCUGCGCAGACGGGGCGAGCGCCUGCACUGGGGGGACGGCAGCAGCUACAGCUCCCGGGUUCCUGUCCUCGGCAAUUCCCAGUGCGUGUACCUGGCUGACAAGAGAUUUCAGACUGGGAACUGCUCCAGUGAGUGGCCGUAUGUCUGCAGCAAGGCCCAAGCUCCCCUGUAACAGGGGCUGCACAAAGGACCUUCUCCACGCUGGGCAGUGCCAGCUUCACCUCUGAGCCCAGCACAGCGCUGUCCUUCCUCAGCUGCGCCCUGUGCCUUGCACUUCCUCUCAGGGUCACCUC